GUAAGCCUGUAUAACUGCAACACUAAGUAUGAUUAGUAACUUCCUGUCAGAGAAGCCUGCCCCUUAUAGGUUUCCACUCCAGCACUUACUGGAUGUGACUGUUAUUUAAAGCUGUGAGUUAGAGUUUGCUGCAAGCUUGUGGUUUGUAUUUAACUUCACCAUUCUGGCAGUACUAACCCAACAGGAUGAUUUGGAUACUUCAGUUCCUGUUUUCUCCGCUCCCAACUCCUGCUCUGAUUGGUCUUGUUACUUUUGGAACAACCAUCUUUCUCUGGCUGAUAACUAAACCAAAGCCAACUGUACCCCCUGUUAAUUUAAAUAAUCAGUCAGUCGGCAUUGAGGGAGGAGCUAGAAGAAGUGUCCUUGUAGAUGAUGGGAAACUGCCUUCUUACCACUAUGAGGAUGCAAAGACCUUGUAUGAGGGUUUCAAAAGAGGACGAUAUGUGUCAGAAAAUGGCCCUUGUUUAGGAUACAGAAAACCAAAACAACCUUAUAAAUGGCUGUCUUACCAACAGGUUCUGGAUAGAGCUGAAUACUUGGGAUCAGGCUUUCUGCACAAAGGAUGUAAGCCAUCAUCGGACCAAUUCAUUGGCAUCUUUGCCCAGAAUAGACCAGAGUGGGUCAUCUCUGAACUUGCCUGCUAUACUUAUUCAAUGGUUGCUGUUCCCAUUUAUGAUACUCUGGGGCCAGAGGCAAUUGUGUACAUCAUUAACAAAGCUGACCUAUCUACUGUGAUUUGUGACAAACCUGACAAGGCACAACUGAUACUUGAGAACUGUGAACAAGGGAAGACCCCAGGGUUGAAGACUGUUGUUCUGAUGGAUUCCUUUGACAACAAACUAAAGGAAAAAGGAGCUACCUUAGGAGUUGAAGUUCUGCCAUUAAAAGAACUUGAGGCACUAGGGAGAGACAACUUAAACAAACCAGUUCCUCCAAAACCAGAAGAUCUUAGUAUCGUUUGUUUCACCAGUGGAACAACGGGUAACCCUAAAGGAGCCAUGCUGACACAUGAGUGUGUUGUUGCCAAUGCUGCUGCCUUCAUAAAAAGCUUAGAGACGACAACUCCUUUUGGAGCAUCUGAUAUCUCCAUAUCCUAUCUUCCUCUGGCUCAUAUGUUUGAGAGAGCAGUGCAGACACUAAUGUACAGCAAUGGAGGAAAAGUGGGAUUCUUUCAAGGAGAUAUUAAACUUCUAACAGAUGACAUGAAAGCAUUGAAGCCAACUAUCUUUCCAGUGGUGCCGAGACUACUCAAUAGGAUCUAUGACAAGAUACAAAGUGGUGCCCAAACAAAGUUCCAGAAGCUAAUGCUGAACAUUGCUGUGACCAGGAAACAUGCUGAAGUGAAGCAGGGCAUUUUCCGAAAUACUAGUCUCUGGGACAAACUAGUGUUCAAGAAAAUUCAGGAAAUGAUGGGCGGAAACCUGCGUAUAGUAGUAACUGGAGCUGCACCAAUAUCUCAGUCUGUCCUUACAUUCCUCAGAGCAGCCUUUGGAUGUCGGAUUUUUGAAGCAUAUGGUCAGACAGAAUGUACAGCUGGUUGCACAUUCUCAUUGCCAGGGGACUGGACAACAGGCCAUGUUGGACCACCCCUGGCUUGCAACAUAAUAAAACUUGAUGAUGUUGUUGAAAUGAACUAUUUUUCAGCUAACAAUGAAGGGGAGAUUUGCAUUAAAGGGCCAAGUGUAUUCAAAGGUUACUUGAAGGAUCCUGAGAAAACAGCAGAAGUUAUUGAUAAGGAUGGGUGGCUUCACACAGGAGACAUUGGGAAAUGGAUGCCGAGUGGUGUACUGAAGAUCAUUGACAGAAAAAAGAACAUCUUCAAACUAGCUCAGGGAGAGUACAUUGCACCUGAAAAGAUUGAAAACAUCUACAUCAGAAGUGCUCCAGUAGCACAGGUCUUCAUCCAUGGAGACAGCUUACAGUCUUUCGUGGUGGGUGUGGUGGUUCCUGAUGCAGAGACUCUUGCAGACUUUGCUGCAAAGCUGGGAGUAAAAGGUUCAUAUGAAGAACUAUGCAAAAAUGAAGUAGUGAAAAAGGGUAUAUUGACAGACCUGCUCAAGUUGGGAAAAGAAGCUGGCCUCAAAUCAUUUGAGCAAGUGAAAGAUCUCUAUCUUCAUCCAGAAUUGUUCACAAUUGAAAAUGGGCUCUUGACCCCAACACUAAAGGCAAAGAGAGCAGAAAUAUCCAAAUACCUCAGGAGCCAAAUUGAUGCGCUUUAUACUUCAAACAUGUAAGAGGCACAAAGGCUAACUUGACCAAACAGAUUUGCAAUGGACUAUGAAAGCACUCAAGUCCGAAUAGUUGGAUAACAAAGGGCCUAAAUGAAACAACUUGUGUCAAAAACAACAACCCAGCUAACAAAUACCAGCCUCUAGUUCGUUCUGUGUAAAAUAUCACAUUCUAAUUGAUCAUGUUGACCUGUUUUCUUCAAAGAAAUUGCAGAAGCUGCCUUGUGAAAUACAGCCAGUUACAUCUGUAUGUAACUGAAAAGGUCUAGUUAUGGCUGGAAGAUGAAGCCUCUGUUAUGGAUAAAAUGGCUGUGGUAGAGCAUCUAUCUGAAAGCUUGUGGCAGGCAAUUAAGACUCUAUAAUGAUAAGUUGUACUGAUCUGAUCCCUAGUGAAUGGUUCUUCCCCAUACAGGGACAUGCAAUAUUGUUGUGAGCAUCUGCUUAAUGUUGAAGGGGUUCUACAGUUAUAUAGUCUCUACAUUUGUAUAAUACACAUCUCACUCUGUGAACAGAUAAAUAUAUGUAUUGCUGCCAGUACUCUGGUUUCUAGUUGGGAUAUCCAGAUUUUUGCUGAAGCAUAAGAUUGCAUUCCUGCAGGGAAACUUGAAUUUGUGAAAAAUAAACAAGCAAAUGUCA